CACAACUCAAUGUCAGCCAUGGCACACCUUCAUUCCGAGGACAUGGAGAGUCGCCCACGUGAAGCCGUAUCAUCCAAAACCCACACCGGAAGUCUUAUAGCAACACUUCCAACCAAAGAAGGAUGGUCGACGCCACUGGUCUUCUACAACAACUGCUGGAUCAGACCACAUUCCCUUAAGGAUGUCAUGGCUGUCCAGGACAUGCUCAAGCUCCGCCCCGACGACAUCAUCCUCGCCGCGCAUCCGAAAUGCGGCACCACCUGGCUGAAAGCCCUGGUGUUUACCAUCCUAAACAGAUCCCGUUAUACCUUCACCGACCACCCACUGCUCACGGUACGUCCCCAUCAACUUGUGCCUUUCAUCGCGCUACGGCCGGGAGACCUCGACAGAGCCGAGGCGCUGCCCUCUCCGCGGCUGCUCUCCACCCACCUGCCGCUCCCCCUGCUCCCACCCGCAGUUUCCACCCUUGGCUGCCGGAUCGUGUGCGUUUGCCGAGAGCCCAAAGACGCAUUUCUCUCAAGGUGGCACUUUGAGAAGAAGUUGCACCAAGGUAUAUCCCUAGGUACGGAUGAAGCAUUCGCAAUGUUUUCUGAGGGUUGCUCACCUUACGGUCCUUUCUGGGAUCGCUAUCUCGAGUACUGGAAAGAAAGUUUGGCCAGACCACGAGAGGUGAUGUUUCUGAGGUACGAGGAGAUGGUGUCAGACACACCCAAUGUUAUUAGGAAGCUAGCAAGCUUCCUCGGCGUCCCGUUCACCCGAGAGGAGGAAAGCGGCGGAGUCGUGGACCAAGUAGCUGAUUUGUGCGGCUUCACAUCACUUAGCAACGUCGACGCCAAUCGGGCAGAUCGUGUUGAAGUUGAGCACGCAGGAGCUAAGCUCGUUUUUAAUCCCUCUUCGCUGUUUAGGAAAGGGGAGGUUGGGGAUUGGGUGAACCACAUGAGCAAGGACAUGGCAGCUAGAAUGGACCAGCUUGUCGCUGAGAAGUUCAAGGGAUCAGGUCUCACGUUCUGACAUGUGAAUGUUGUAUCGUGUACUGUGUACGAUAGAUUGUACAACUUUGUAUAGCAUGUGUAUUGUCCCUCAUGUAUUGAGCAAGCUUGUUUUUUUGACGGGGUAUUGAGCAAGCUUUAUUGAUUCAAAUAAAACAGAUUUA